GAAUUAAAUAGUUUUAAUUACUUGGACCUGUAUAAGCUCGCGGACCUGUUCAACCUCACUUUGCUGGAGAAUGCAGUCAUUGGCUUCUUAGUAAAACAUCUCUCUGAGCUGUUGAAGAGUCAUCCUGAAGAAGUUCUGGCACUCCCAUACUGUCUCCUUCGAGAGGUUUUUAAAAGUGAUAGACUCACUUCCCUCAGUGAAGAACAAAUCUGGCAGCUGGCUGUGAGGUGGUUAGAGCACAACUGCCGCUACCAAUACCUGGAUGAACUGCUCCAGUACGUCCGUUUUGGCCUUAUGGAUGUGGAUACGCUGCAUACAGUAGCUCUUUCUCAUCCUCUUGUCCAAGCUAGUGAAACUGCCACAGCACUUAUUAACGAGGCCUUGGCUUACCACCAGAGUGUCUAUGCACAGCCAGUCUGGCAAACUGCACGGACCAAACCUCGUUUCCAGUCAGACACUCUUUACAUCGUCGGUGGGAAAAAACGGGAAAUCUGUAAAGUGAAGGAAUUGCGAUACUUCAACCCGGUGGAUCAAGAGAACGUUCAUAUUGCAGGGAUUGCAAACUGGAGCGAGCUAGCACCUAUGCCUGUAGGGAGAAGCCACCACUGUGUUGCUGUCAUGGGAGACUUUCUUUUUGUCGCUGGGGGAGAGGCAGAGCACUCCACAGGGCGAAUGUGUGCGGUGAGGACUGUCUGCCGAUACGACCCGCGCACUAACUCGUGGGCGGAGAUAGCUCCGAUGAAGAACUGCCGGGAGCACUUUGUGCUGGGAGCCGUGGACGAGUACCUCUAUGCUGUAGGGGGCAGGAAUGAGUUGCGUCAAGUGUUGCCUACAGUGGAACGUUAUUGCCCCAAGAAGAACAAGUGGACCUUUGUACAGUCCUUUGAUCGGUCGCUCUCGUGCCACGCGGGAUAUGUGGUGGAUGGUCUUCUUUGGAUAUCAGGAGGAGUAACAAAUACUGCACAGUAUCAAAACAGGCUCAUGGUCUAUGAUCCCAAGCAGAACAAGUGGCUAAGCCGUAGCCCCAUGUUGCAGAGGAGAGUGUAUCACUCCAUGGCUGCUGUCCAAAGGAAACUUUACGUGUUAGGUGGGAAUGAUCUCGACUACAACAACGAUCGGAUCCUGGUCCGGCACAUAGACUCCUACAGCAUAGAUACUGACCAAUGGACACGUUGCAGCUUCAACAUGUUGACAGGUCAAAAUGAGUCUGGAGUUGCUGUCCACAAUGGUAGAAUAUAUUUAGUUGGUGGCUAUUCAAUUUGGACGAAUGAGCCUUUGGCAUGUAUCCAGGUGCUGGAUGUUAGCAAGGAAGGGAAGGAAGAGGUAUUCUAUGGGCCUACAUUGCCCUUUGCUUCCAAUGGAAUAGCAGCUUGCUUUCUUCCAGCUCCUUAUUUCACAUGCCCCAACCUUCAGACUCUGCAAGUGCCUCACCACAGGAUUGGCACCAUGUGAGACAUUCCUUGUGCUUCAUCAGAUCAGAAGUGGAGGAGGAAAACACCAAACCCUGUGUACGGAAGGGUUUCUUGGAUCACUGAGA